GCAGGCGCCACCAAUGAGCCCCUCUGCGGGUCUCCUCCCAGGUCCCACCUCACAGGCCAGCUGGAGGGCGCGAUCCUGGCGUCCCCCGACGGCCUGGGGCCCCAAUCCAGAGGCCUGGGUGGGCAGGGACCAAGGGCGUAGUCAGGGAGUGCCUUUUGCUGGAGGGCAACGGACCGGGGCGGGGAGUCGGGAGACCAGAGUGGGAGGAAGGCGGGGAGUCCAGGUUCCGCCCCGGAGCUGACUUCCUCCUGGUCGGCUGCAGCAGCCGGGUGAGCGGCGGCAGCGGCCGGGGAUCCCGGAGCCAUGGGGCGCGCGCGCGAUGCCAUCCUGGAAGCGCUGGAGAACCUGACAGCCGAGGAGCUCAAGAAGUUCAAGCUGAAGCUGCUGUCGGUGCCGCUGCGCGAGGGCUACGGGCGCAUCCCAAGGGGCGCGCUGCUGUCCAUGGACGCCUUGGACCUCACCGACAAGCUGGUCAGCUUCUACCUGGAGGCCUACGGCGCCGAGCUCACCGCUAACGUGCUGCGCGACAUGGGUCUGCAGGAGACGGCCAGACAGCUGCAGGCGGCCACGCACCAGGGCUCUGGAGCUACACCAGCUGGGAUCCAGGCCCCUCCUCAGUCAGCAGCCAAGCCAGGCCUGCACUUUGUAGACCUGCACCGGGCUGCGCUUAUCGCGAGGGUCACAGACGUUGAGGGGCUGCUGGAUGCCUUGUACGGGACGGUCCUGAAGGAUCAGCAGUACCAGGAAGUGCAGGCCGAGUCCACCAACCCAAGCAAGAUGCGGAAGCUCUUCAGCUUCAUGCCAGCCUGGAACUGGACCUGCAAGGACUUGUUCCUCCAGGCCCUAAGGGAGACCCAGUCCUACCUGGUAGAGGACCUGGAGCGGAGCUGAGGCUCUUUCCCAGCAACACUCCAGUCAGCCCCUGGCAAUCCCAACAAACUCAUCCUGCAUCUGAUGUUUUUGUACACAAUACAUGAAAAGCCAGCUUGAA